UUCUGUAAAAAAAUCAGAGUAGCCCUUAAAACAUGAAGCUUGGGGACAUACUAACAUUGUACAUUUCUGUUGAAGAUCCGAAGCAGUACACUAUCUACGAGUAUCAUCGUGUGGAGAUUAACACAACGAAGAUUUUCAACGGAUCUGCUUUUGUGUUCACUCCUCUACCCACCUGUCUUCAGCACACAUCCUGCGAUCUCUGCCUAACAUCCAACUUGACAAGCAAGUGCGGCUGGUGCAACACACUUCAACGAUGUUCUGAUGGUAUCGACCGGCAUAGACAAGAGUGGUUCGAAUAUAACUGCACUGAGGAGGCUAAAGGCACAUGUGAGGACUACAACCCGAUACCUGAGGGAACGAUGAGCUCCUUCAGCCACUCCGCCCCUGGUCCAACAGAUUCUUCACCACAGCUCGAUGACCACUCGUUUACUACUGAUUUACAGACAACUCCUCCACAGCAUGAGGGGAUAACAGAGAACACAGCCAUAAUAGCAGGUGUAGUGGCAGCCCUGGUUCUGCUUGUAGUUUUGACCUUACUGGCCGUCUACUACAUCAACACGCACCCUACAGUUGCUCCACCGUUCUACCUCAUGCAGCGACGCACCAACAACUACUGGCCCUCUAUGAAGUUCCGCAACCAGGGCUGCGACUCCAGUUACGCUGAGGUCGAGCUCGGGGGUCAUGAAAAGGAAGGUUUCAUUGAAGCUGAGCAGUGCCUCUAAGGGUCCUGGAUGUGAACAACUGGGUCAGAAGAAGGACACCAUCUUGAAGACUGUAACGUUACUACAACAAGGAUGAACAAUGGACGAUCAGGCAGACCAGCGACACUUGGCAGCCGGACAGUGUUAACUUGAACUGCUGUCGUAGCUCGUUCUCUGUGUAUCUUGCUCUCCGCCAUCACACACGGAAGAGAGGCCAUAUCAUCCAAGAGGGUCUGAGAGGAAGCCAACUACACAGAAAUGAUGAGAUUCAAAUGUGUAACUGUACAAAACCUAUCGAUCCGAGGAGAUGUCAGGGAAUGAAUCGAACUAGCCUUCAUACUGCAAACCAGUGUACAGCUCAACCUUACUUUGUGUUUUUGUUUUUAUCCGGUGUAUGGAGUUGGUUUUCUUUUUUUCAUGAAACUUCUACGUGAGCAAUGAUUGGUUCAUAAAAUGUUAUAUCUUUGUGGACUACAACAGAUAUUUAGCUAUAUAACUGAUAAUGACUAUAAUGAUCAUCUUGAACUUGUCUGGAGAAAUGUGGAUUGUUUUGGAUUCAUUUUAGAGGCAUUGAGUUUUCUUUUAACCUUUCUGUUUAAAUGUCUUAUAAUAAAAGCUGGUGAUGAGUGUUGAUAUUCAUCUCUUUAGGAGUUAAACACAAAUGUUGCAGAUCAGAUACAACAGUCGUAAUGAU